CCUGUACUGCUCUGCUGACGUCCGCUGACGUCCGCGGCGUCUCGGUCGUACACGUGCGCAGGUGGUCAAUUAAUAAUGAUUUCGCCGUGAGCGGAAGAGAGAGGAGAAAGAGAAAGGAGGCCCGUGAUUUUUCGACGCGUUCGACGCUCGGAUUCUCGGCGCGAGGACCCAGGAGUCGCACACGGAGAGGCGGCACCGGGGACGACACUUCGCCGCCAUGGAGGAAAUAGGCGAGGGAGAAGCGGCCGCGUACGACGGCGGCUACCGGGAGACGACGAUGACGACGGCGAUGGACGACGACGACGGCGGCGGCGGUGGCGACGAGGAGCGGCGGCAACGACGACGGCGGCACUCGCGGACGGUGCUCUGCCCGCUCGAGAGCGACGUCGAGGUUGAGAAUUCGGACGAGAGUAGCGAGAGCAGGCCGUCCGGAGAGCGGUGGGCCCCGGUUGGCGCGAAUGACGGCGACAACGAGUUCGCGGACGAGUACAAGUAUGUCAACGCCAACGUGGACAGCCUCGCAUAUGAUAUGGAGAGAGUGAAGAUGUUGGAAGAAGAACAGGAGAUGCUCAACUCGUCUCUGAUAGCAUUGACUACUCACUUUGCUCAGGUUCAGUUUCGUCUCCGGCAAAUUGUGGACGCGCCGGCCAGCGAGAAGGAGACGUUGCUCAAGGAGCUGGAGGAAUUUGCGUUCAGGGGAAUUCCAGACGUACCGAAUAAUCUGCUGCUGGAGAGCGGAUCCAUUACACCGCUCUCCUCUAUGUCCUGCGAUCGAAGCGUGACUGGCGUAAUCAGUGACGCGGAGAUUGAAUCCAAAAUGGCAUUGCAACGAACGAGGCAGAGAGAACUGAUUACCCAGCUGAAGUCACAGUUGGAGGAUCUAGAGAAGUACGCAUACGAGACGGGUGACGCCGAUCUACCGCAAAGUGUCAUUCUCGAGAGGCAAAAUAUCAUAAUCAAUCACCUGAAAGAAAAAUUGAACUUCAACGUCGACGACCUGUGCAAAUUACCGGUGGACGAUCUCAGGUGGCAAGUCGAUUAUGCCAUAAGUCAAAUUGUCAGCCCUCUGAAGAUGAAGGAGCAACUGGUCUCCCAGCUCAAGACGCAAAUCGCCGACCUGGAACGCUUCAUAAACUACCUUCAGGGUGAGGUCAGCACGGAGACUCUGGCGUGCACGUGCGCGUGUCCGGUACACUCUAGCGGUUCCGGCGCCUCGUCGGCCACAUACGGUUCCAAGAGGCGCUUCGAACACGGGAGACCCAUCAUCGAUGAGGACGCGAAUACCGCCAGUCGGACCAGGACUCUCAACACCGUGCGCAAGGUGGUCGCGCUGCUGCACAUGUUCCUGCUGUCGCAGCUGGGCUGCGGCAGCGAGCGGGUGCGCCGGAGUUUCGGUGGCGGCAACAGCAAAAACCCAGUGCACAAUUGGCGCGAUCUGCGCACUAGAUUGGACAUCGCCGUGGAACAUGUGCUGGAGACAAUCGCGGAGACGUCGCAGCAGCAGCAGCGUCAUCCCGACGACGACGAGGAGGACGAUAUCGACUACACGUCCGACUCGGAUUCAGCGUCACAUGCGAACGCGAGGCUCACAUCCGCGGUGAGGAAGCAUCUCGCCACCUCGGUCAGGGAUCUCAUGCAGCACGGUCUGACCGCGGACGUGACGCGCACUGGAUCCAGCGUGGUGCCGUUCGUCGCCUGCUUCGCGACGCAGCGCGGCGUCACUUCGGCGAACUUCAUGCACGCCUGGGAACUGAUACUCAAGUACUAUGAGAUCAAGAAUGGGCGCCGUUACAACUCCAGUCCCGCACAGAAGCUGUCGCAAAGCUUCAACCUGGACCUCGCAGCCGGUAGGAUAGCCUCCUCGAAACAGAGCUUAUUGACGACGAUAGGCAACAUCAUCGCUUCUCACAGUCCGUACAAGCGAAGUUACGAUUCGCAUUUCAAGGCAUUUAUAUGCGCAGCUUUAAACGCAAACAAACUUGUGAUAUGGCUGAAGUUGAUCCUGCAGUGCCAGUAUCUUUUGGAAAAUUAUUACCUCUCGUGGAGCUACGUUGUAAAGACAGGUUUCCAAGAUGCGUUUCAUACCUUGGAUCGCCUUACCAGUUACAAGUUCGAUUUGCCGGUGGACCUAGCCGUGCGACAAUUUCAGAAUAUAAAGGACGCGUUUUGAUUGUACAAUCCUAUUAUUAUUAUCGUUUCGUGCAAAUGACAGUGUAGGAUGUAGAACGUGUAUAUGUACUUUCAGUACUGUCUGUAACACGAGCCAUAUAAUACAAGUGAGCGGUAACGGCAUGCAAACAGAGUCGCUAGAAAAAAGAACAUUCGAUUAGCUCUCUUGGGUUUAGAAACGAAGAAUAUGUAAAUUAAUACUACGCUGAACUAUUAUUGAUUGUUUCUAUCUUUUAAAUUAAUAUCCUAUUUCUCGUGUAAAAGGUUCUGAAAUUUUUUGACUUUUUAUCGAUUACAUUGUUUAUCCUGAUGAAAUAUUUGAUAUUUCACAUUCACUUUCUUUAUUUUUACAAUAAAAAGAUCAUUUGUUUGAUCCUUCUAGUGAAUAAAGUAUUUCUAGUGUUAAAUGAUGAGGAUAAAUACUUGAAUAUUGAAAACUAUUCCAGAAUUAUCGAGAUUGUUAAUAUUUUCUUUAAUGAAAUUUCCAUCAAAUGCAAACUGAUAUUUAAAAAUGUUUGAAACUAUCCGAGUUGUUCGAAUUCUAUACAUUUUGUUCGUACUUUCGAUCCAAGAGAGAUUUAUGCACUUUGUUUCUGGAAACUCGUGCUGUAUACGGACGCGCGUAAGGAAUUGUUCAAAGUAACAGUAUCACAAAAUGCAUUUCUUUUUCUAGAUCCCUAAGUGUUCACUAUAUCAAAUGCGUAUAGAGUUAAAUUGCAAUAAUUAAUAGGUGUAAUAAUUAUUUACUUUUUAAGGUACCAUCAGUAUUUGUAUAGAUCAGUUGUACAAAUAUACUUUUAUCUUUUGCUUGUUGGACGAUAGGUAAUACGUAUAGAUAUAAAAUUUGCUAAUUAUAUAUUUAUAAUUUGCAGAAUCUAAGAAACUUUAAGGAGGCAUAUACACUUAUAUUAUUUGAUAAUUUUUUGAUAAACAAUGGAAUAAACAUGACUUUUACAAUUUUUUUUCAUAAAAAAUUUCGUAGUCGUUUAAAUUCUCGUUUUGACUUGUCGAGGUGAUAUGCCCCCUUGUUUCUACGAUAUGUCUAUUGAAGUAUUUUUCCGCGGUACAAAAGUAAAUGCAACGCGUUGCCCGAUGUGUUAAAGAUGCGAAAACUGAAUCGAGCAAAGCUAGUCAGUUUGAAAAAGAUUUCCAUUUCAUAUUUUGCACAUUUAUGCCGACUAUCACUAUAUCUAUGAUGCAUUUAUGAGAAAAACGCGUACCAAAGAGAGAUAGAUCAUUAUGCGUAAGAUCAUAUUAUCGCGGCUAGAGACUUGCACUAUAAGCACCGAGUUUGUAUCGUAAGGAGUUUUAUGUAUAUGUACACAUAUAAAAUUAGCGUAAGGGAACGUAAUAUGUAUAUACAAGAUGUGCAAACCAAAUCUGCUUUUUAUAAAAAAAAAAUAAUGAAUUAUUUUAGAUUAGUUCCAUAGCUAGAUAGAAGGAUGAAUAAAGGAAGCCACGUACGUUACAGAAAAUAUACUUAUGAUGCAAGUAA